GUCAAAAAUACUUAAUUUAUACCUAUGUAUUUGUUGUUUUUUUUUUUUGUGUGUGAGUGAAUUGUGUUUUUAAUAGUUAUUAGAAAUGUAUUUGUCCAAUAGACAAUAGUUACCAUUCAUGAAUAGAUUACUUUUUAACUGUUAAAUUAUUCAUAGUGUACCUGCAUAUUGUAGUCAUGAAAAUGUCUCCAUUACCCAUUUUAUGUUCAACGUAGCAGUAUUAAUGUUUUUUGAAAUAAACUUUACUUACAUAUAAAAUCGCCUGUUUUGUUUGAACUAAGAAAUGAACUUACAUUCUGCAUUUUUGGUGUGCAAUUGGUUUGGUGCAUUUCCUAUUGUAUAUGAUAAAAAUAAUAGCUCGUUCUCAAUGUCAAAAUGUGGCCUGUUAUUAACUUUCGUACACAUCUUGAUUGUUGGACUACAAAUACACACGCAUUUAACGAUGUUAUUUUUUGGAGCUAUAAAGAAAACGUCGGCCGUCACGUCUAUCGUGUUGAGCACAAACGGAAUCGGAUUGUUGUGCAUGUUACUGAGAAGAAUAGCGUUUGUGAAGGAUACAGUUAGAUGUUACAACAGCUUGUCCGAAUGGCCAAUCGAAAUGUCGGUGCGAAAAUCGUCAAUUGUAGUUCUGUACGCCAGCUCAGUGGCAGUGCUAAUCGAAUUCGUCGGAGAUAACAUCGAUAGGCACACAAAAAACAAGCCCAUGAACUUGGACAACAUCACUACGUAUGCGUUUUUGGGUUUCGAAAUGCAAUUUAUUCACACUUUCCACGUGAUUGGUCGGUUGUACAGCGAUUUGAACGGCUACGUCGAGUCGGGCUUAAUCGACGACUUGGAACGGACACGUCAAGCCCGACAACGGAAUCUCGUGUUGUACACGUUUUGCAAAAAGUUCAACUCGCACUACAACAUGGACUUGAUCGUACUCUUUUCGUGCUACCAAUUGUACGUGUUGUUGGUGCUGUUUAAGCUCAUGAAUAACCUGGCCACGAGCAUUGCGACGGAAAAUUUUAUUUACAACUUUGUAAGCUUGAAAGUACUUAUCAGAAUAAUACGUAUGACAAGAUUAUCUGUGGUUUUUAUUUACUUAAUAGAAUCAAGUUCAUAUUUACACAACAAGAGCGUUUUUACAUUUCAUCAUAUAUUACGCAAUAGAGUGAAUUGUCUGAAGCACCAAACCAAAGAACAGGUUUAUUUGUUUUUGAAUGAACUGAAUGCUACAGAAGUAAAUAUAUCAGCGAAUGAUUGCUUCGACGUUAAUAAAAAGUUUUUAUAUUCUGUAUCUAGUUCUAUUGUUGGGUUCAUCGUUCUGGUUGUAUCUUUUUUAUGUAAUCGAUUUUAAAGUAGGUAUUACAAUAUAUUGUACAAUGUACAUCUACCACAGUGUUAUAACGAUAUAUUUUUUUUUACAUAUUUUUUACACCAACAACUAUAGCCGAUAAUAUAAUUAUACAAUUAUUUGCAUUUAUAUGUAUGUACCUAUAUAUGAGUUACAUCAUAAACUAGUGGAGUUUUGUUUCAUUAAUAAAUAAAAAGUAUAAUAUAAAAUCGUAUGAUGAAUUACAAUAAUUGUAUUCUUUAUCAGAAUUAAAGAUAACAGGUUCAUAAUACUAUUUGUAAUUAUAUUAGUUAUUAGUUAUUACCUAUAUUUGUGUAACUAAAAAUGGAUAACCGAUAAUACCAUUUGACGAGGUCUUUUUAAGCAUAAAAAUAUAUACUUUAUACAUAUAACACUGUGACCUUAAUAAUAGUCUUGUUAUAGAUUAACUAAAAGUAAAUUCUUAGUUUGAUACCUACUUAUACAGAGUGGGUCACGGGUAUAGGGCCAAACAUAUAUAGACAUAA